AUGGACGUCGUUAGCACUGUGCGGACCUGCAUUGAUGCUUGGAAGUCUGGCGGAGAGGAAGAAUGUCGCAAUAUGCUCAUUGCACCUCAUUGUAAUCCUUCCGACGCAGAAUGUCACAACGUCCUGGAGACCACGUACAGCACUUUACUCGCUUCCACUCUUACCAUGUGGACAUACAAGCAGACUCUCUCUGCGGAGGGUUUCGUCACGUUCAUAUGUUCAGUUCUGGACAACCUACCUUCGACUUCGUCCCCCAACAGAACCUCAAAUUUUGCUAUAUUCGGGGAACAUCUAGUGGACUUGAUUUGGAGUGUAGAUGCAGAGCUAGAUGAAGUCUUAGUUGAUGUAAAAGCCACUAUCGCUGCUUAUGAUGGACAGAGCGCGGACAAGCCGCAAGCCGUGCUCGGAAAGGCCAACAGGGUUAAACAGAGUGCCGAGGCAGAUAAAGCUACCAUUGUUUUAAUAGUGAAGAAACUUCUGCAAUAUGGUGUGCUGAGUGCAAACGUCUGUCGUGAGCGGUUGGACACUGCGAUUCUGGAGGGUGUUGGGCUCAUGGUUAAGGCUAAUCUUGAUAAGAAGGAGAUUAGGACACGCACAGGCUUAUUUUACAAACAAAACAAGUUCAAUCUUCUUCGAGAACAAUCUGAAGGUUACAGUAAACUCACGGUUGAACUCACAAGUGCCUUGGGGAUUGGUCACUUACCUUCAACAGGUCGACCACAAGACCCGUACGAUUCCAUACAGCAUCGGGCACAUGCCGUUUGGGGAAAAAUCAUUGGUCUGAUAGGUUUCUUUGACUUGGAUCCUAAUAAGGCAUUGGAUAUCUUACUCGAUGUGAUGUCCGUUAAUCUCGCCUCCCAUUACACAUUUUUUCUGGCGCUUCUAUCUUUUUCUCCCUGGGCACGAAGCCCCUUGCAACACGACCAACUACCUCUGUCGGAAGGUCAAUUCAAAGGAAAGACCCUGGACGAAAUUCUGGAACUGGUGAACCCUAGGCGUAUGUCUUCCGAAAAAGACAUCAACGGUGGUUCCCGUGUCCUUGCUCAAAUUCUGGGCUUCAAACUCAAUUAUUAUCAGCCGGCUGAAGCCCAUGAACCCCCUAAAUCGCUGUAUCUUACAGCAGCUAUUCUCAUUCGCGAAGGCUUCGUUGCUUUGGAAGACUUAUAUCCUCAUUUAUCUCCCGAUGACUCUGACAUGGACAAUGUCCGUUCAGCCUAUAUGAAGGAAGUUCAGUCGCGAAUAUCAUCCGCAAAAAUGAGUCAGCUGGCGAUGGCAAUGCCUCUAGAAUCCGGCACGUCUUUACUCUCAUCGGUCAAGACGAAGGUAGCUGCACCUGAGAUUAAGAAGGUUUCCGAACCCAAGAACCCCCCCAAUCAGAAAACUGGAAUUCUGUUAGCUCUCCUCUCCAUAGGAGCUAUGAAGCCUGCUGUUGGAAUUCUUUCAAGAUUCCCAUGGCUCGUCGAUGCUCAACCAGAUAUCGCCGACCUCCUGAUUCGCAUCAUGAAACUUUCCAUCUCUCAAUUAUACGAUUCCCUCAUUGACACCAAAGAGCGCAAUCCCGACUUCACUCAGCCCCGCCCACGAUUCAGUGGCACCGGAUUGGCACCUCCUCCCCCCCGCAAGCCUAUUCUUUCGCUUUUGGCUCCCAAUCCUCCCAGUUCAAGUACUGUGGAUUACGUAUUCUUCUUUCCGAAUUGGAAUGAACAAAUACCUAUAUGUACCUCUUUGGACGAUCUAGUAUACGUCAUUGAACCACUUUUGCGGUUUAUUGGGCUACAUAUUUCACGCGAUCCACUAUUCCUCACUAAAUUUGUGAGACUAGGUCGCCAGCACCUACUUACAACUAUUCCAAUCGAUCCCUUAACCAAAAAACCUGAUGGUGAACCAGAUCCGGAAAACACUGUCCGAAAAUUCUGGUAUCGAAUCGUCCGCCAAUAUCUUUUACCUGCUAUUCCAUUGAUUAGAGGUAAUGCCGUUUGCACUGUAGAGGUAUGGAAUGUCGUCAAACUGUUCGACAUCAGCCUGCGAUGGAAACUAUACGGAGAGUGGCAGUCGGAAACAUACAAAACACAUCCAGAACUCCGUAUCCGCCGUGUGCAGGCCGAAAGAGAGUCGAAGGGAAUUCUUCGUCGGCUCUCACAUAAGACAAUCGAGUCACUCGCAGGUCCCGUUGGGAAAUUGGCGCAUUCCAACCCUUGUAUCUUGUUCACUAACGCGGUAAACCAGAUUAUGGCUUACGAUAAUCUAGCUGCCGUCGUCGUUCAGGUUUUGCGUUCUCUCACCAAUAUGGGGUUCGACGUCUUGACUUUUAUUAUCUUGGAUGCUCUGGCCAACCCAAACAAGGAGCGAGUAAAGGAUGAUGGUGUCAAUACUUCUGACUGGUUGCAAAGCCUCGCUUCCUUCACCGGCAUGCUAUUCCGCAAGUACAAUGCGAAUAUGAGCCCAAUCUUGACAUAUAUUGUUCAUCAACUUCAAAACGGCCAGACGACCGAGAUUGUCGUUUUAAGGGAACUGAUAUGGAAAAUGGCCGACAUAGAGCCAUUACCCAGCCUGUCAGAUCCGCAAAUUCAAGCAAUGGCAGGUGGGCCCGCUCUGCGUAUUGAGGCAAUCGCAUCGUCCACUCGAGGUGCUCGAAUGGAUCCUACAGAGGGCUCACGGGCGUCCCUUCAACGACUUGGCCAAGGUUUAAUUGAUACUUCUUUGGCUCUGCCCCUACUUAUACAUGUUGCUCAACAACGGCAAUCUUGCGUGUUUCUGGCUCGAGACGCACAUUUAAAAUCAUUGGCAGGCUUAUUCGACACAACACACGGUGUCUUGCUGCAAUACUUGGAACUUCUUACUACACCUCUUGUCGUGUCUCCUCACGAUUAUGCGACUAAAGUACUACCUCCCCUCCGUGAUUUGUAUGAAAAGUUUGGUAUAUGUGCGCCAAUUUGCAUGCAAAUCAUACGCCCAGUGCUUCACGCCCAACUAUUAGACUCGGCUCUGAAAAUGCAAGAGCAAGAGCGUUUAGCCAAUGAAGAGGCUGAGAAACGUCUGAAGGCAGCGUUGACUGCUAAACGAGAGCCAUCCGUCAUACAAUCUCGGAUAGCCUCGCCCAUGCCAAGUAUGUCCAGGGAGCUAGCGUCCGAAGCCAAACCUAUGCCAGAUAUCCUUUCCACAUCAGAAUACGUUUCCAUGGAGGUUGAUGCUAGCUCUGCAGCCCCCGCAGCUCCGGAGAGUCCUUGGCUUCCUCAACUGGAAAGCCUUUUUGAGGACGUCCAGAAAAUUAUUCCAAAGUCUGUUUAUGAUGUUUUGGGGCCGGGUUUCUAUGUCACGUUUUGGCAGCUGUCUACUUACGAUCUCUCCCCCCCGGGGGCGAGGUACGACGAAGAGAUCUCUGCUCUACGUAGUCUUAGUCGACAAGAGGACAGCAAGUACAUAGCUUAUGACAAAUCUUCGGAUCGUUCCAAACGAAUAUUGGCUUCUUCGCAUAGAAUUAAACGAGAAAGAUUCAAUUCUUUCGCCUCGACCUUACUGCAAGAAUUCAAAGAACAAACUACCUCGCGUGCUUUCACCGUGAAACGACUAGCGCGCGAAAAGACUCACUGGUUCACUACCGUGACAAGCGCUACGCAGAAGCAAACACAAGCCCAUAUACUUUUGGAUGCAUUCAUUGAACAUUGCAUCCACCCUCGCAGCCUGCUUUCUCCAAUGGAUGCCGACUUUUGCGCCCAGUUCAUCAAGGUUCUGCAUACUCAAGGAACACCGGGAUUUCACACGCUUGCAUGUUACGAUAAGAUUCUCGGAGACCAGAUUAAGGUUAUAUUGUUCUCAUGUAGUGAAUACGAGGCCCGUAACUAUGGUCGUUUCUUACUAGGAGUGCUCUCCGACCUCCAUAAGUGGCACUCUGAAGAGCAGACUUACAUACAAGAUAACCGAUCGAAGAUAGGGGGUAAGGCCGUUUUGCAUACCGGCUUUCAGAGCCAAUACCGGCUCCCAAUGCAUCCCGAAAAUCAUCUCAAAUGGAAUGUAUUCCAGAAAAUCGUUCGAAAGUGGCACAAGAAAAUUUCCCUGGCUUUUAUAGACUGUAUUCAGACCGCAGAGUUCAUGCAUGUCUACAAUGCCAUCAUCGUGCUCAAGGAGAUUUUACCGUUCUUCCCGUUAUCUGCUGUUUCUCAAGAAACUGGGCCUCAGCUUGAUAGAGUCAUGGACUUGUUCUUGGAAAAGGAGGAACGGGGAGACCUUAAGAUUUUAGGCCGAGCUUAUUCUGCAAGUUUGAAAAAGCGUGAACAACUCUGGACCCCGAACAAAGCUAUUAAUAAGCUACCCACGACUGCUUCUCCUAGACCCACUGUACCGGGUAUUGAUAGGCCGCGCGUGUCUGCGCCUCCUGCAGGGCUUAGUGCCCAGAAUCCCGCAAUAAGUGACGCCAAGAGUCUUCCUUCGUCUAAUUCGUCGACUUUAACACCCUCCGGUCCCCGCGCUCAAUUAGCAAGUGGUAGCCCUGCGUCUGCUUUGGAAAGUCUACGGCCUCCAGUCGUGAAGAGGGUUCGGCCAGACAUCUCCAACCCUGCUUCGCCCGUUCCUUCCGUUGAUAAGCUCUUAACUACCGAACAUGUCUCUACUCCGUCUGUGGAAAGAUAUGAUGAUGCCAAGGGGAGCGCCCCGUCUUCGAGCAUGUCAGUUGGACCAAAGGAAACAACACUUCAUCCACCGCCUUCGCCACCACUUGGAAAUGAGCGGGCUAUCGAAGAAUCAGGGCCCCAUGUGCUGCCUACCAUGCCUCCUCCAUCCGAACCUAGUCAAAAACCUUCUGCACAAGAGCUCCGAGUGACCGCUGCUCAGAGCCGCUCGGACAAGACUGAUGACAAGAAUGGACGAUCAAACGAGUCUCCUCGUGCUACCAAUGGGUCUGCUGCUGCUUCACCUCGGCAUCGUUCUGCUUCACCAUCGACUCGUCCGGGCACCCGGAAUCACAGUACAGAGAGCCGGACGAGCGCUGGUCGAUCACGGAGCGAACGGGAUAAAGUCGAGCUUUCUGGGGACAAGAGGGAGCGCGAACAUGGACCUCGGCGCGACAGCUUGACACAUAACAGAAGUGACCGCAGUGGUAGGGAGCGCACAACUACCGGAGAUAGUGAUCGGGAUCGCGAACGUCGAGACCGGCACGGUGAUAAGGAGAGAGACCGUGACCGAGAUAGGGAGAAAGACCGCGACCGCGAAAAAGACAGAGAUAGACAUGGGGAUCGACAUCGCCGAGACGACAAGAAUCAUACCCGUGAUGCCAGGAAAGAUCGCGAUGGUCGUACCGCUGAGAGUGGUAAUCAGGCAGCUGUCGCGGAUCCCCGUGUACCAACUCGACCUGAUGUAAGGCGUAGGAACUCCGACGAAGCGCUUGGAAAGCGCCGGAGAGGCACAGAGGACGAUCAUUCGCAGGCCGACCGCGGUUCCAAACGGAGCUCUCGCAAAGAUGCCCAUCGUGAAGAACGUUCCAGACGCCCUGGCGACAAAAUCGAGCGUGACAGAAACGAACGACCUCGCGAUUCAGAUAGGCGCAGACGCGAAACAAAACGUGUUGAACGCCUUGACAUUCCCUUGAGAUCUGGCUUGAAACCCCCUUUCCCUCCGAAUACCCCUUCUGCACCGAGAGCUAUGUCAUCUUCCGAUGCAAGAAAUAGCGGCAAAGCAGACAAUGGAUCAGGUCGUCGAGAUAAUACGUCAGGAACCAAUUCUGUUCCUGUUGAAGGGGGUAUGGGUAGUUUACGUUCCAGGAUUAGCGACAAGGAAAUUAGUUCCAGACCGUCAUCCUAUCAUGGACAAUCAAGAAAAGACGACAGAGACUCCAGAAAAAGACCAUUUAAUGAUCGCGAAAAAGACACGCUUGAAACCUCUAGCCAAGGACCAGAGCAAUCUACAAGUAAGCGACUGAAGCUGAAUCGCAAUCGUUAUAUUGGUGAAUCUGCCAAUAUGGCAAAGAAAACAUUACCAAUCAACCCUCAGGCUGGGGAUCGACUUCAAGGAAGAAAGGACUGA